CAAAGAAGAGGCAUUUGUAAAAAAAAUUGGAAGAAGUGUACGCAUUUCUGUGAUUUAUUUUAAUAAAUUUACGUGGAAUUUCUUGUGCAAAAUAUAAUGGCUGAUUUAGAUAAAUGGAUUGAAAUAGUAAAGGAAUGUAAAUACUUGCCAGAAAACGAUCUAAAGAAACUAUGCGAUCUUGUGUGUGAAAUAUUAUUGGAGGAAUCAAACAUACAACCCGUUAGCACCCCAGUUACAGUAUGUGGUGAUAUACAUGGACAGUUUUAUGAUUUGGAAGAACUAUUUCGUACUGGUGGAUUCAUACCAGAUACUAAUUACAUAUUUAUGGGUGAUUUUGUAGAUCGUGGCUAUUACAGUUUGGAAACACUCACACGCCUCUUAACGCUUAAGGCACGCUAUCCUGAUCGUAUUACUCUGUUGCGGGGCAAUCAUGAGUCACGUCAAAUCACUAAAGUGUAUGGUUUCUAUGAUGAGUGCUUUAGCAAAUAUGGUAAUGCUAAUGCCUGGAAAUAUUGCUGUAAAGUAUUUGAUUUAUUGACUAUAGCAGCUAUUAUUGAUGAAGAAGUCUUAUGUGUUCAUGGAGGUUUAAGUCCUGAAAUCAUUACGCUUGAUCAGAUACGUACCAUUGAACGUAAUGGAGAAAUUCCUUAUAAAGGUGCUUUUUGUGAUUUAGUUUGGUCCGAUCCCGAAGAUAUGGACUAUUGGGGUGAAAGUCCGCGUGGAGCUGGUUGGCUUUUUGGUCAAUUGGUCACAAAAGAUUUUAUGCAAAUCAAUAAUUUGGAAUUGAUAUGCCGUGCCCAUCAAUUGGUAAACGAAGGAAUUAAAUAUAUGUUUAAUAGUAAAUUAGUGACUGUAUGGUCAGCACCAAACUAUUGCUAUCGUUGUGGUAAUGUGGCAGCCAUAUUAAGUUUUCAAACAGCAAAAGACAGAAAAGCUAAAAUAUUUGUGGCCGUACCAGAAACAGAUCGUGUGAUACCAGCUCAUAAUAUAACGCCCUAUUUUCUAUAAACAAUGUAUACAAAAAGGUAAUGUACAAUUUAUAAUUGAAAAAAACGAAACAAGAAAAAAACACAUGAAGACAUUUAUAAAUUUAGCAUAAAAUGCUUAAUAAUUUUGCAUAAUUUAAAUAAAAAGAAACUACAACAUC